AAGCUCACCCCCAGCUUUCAUCAUGGAAUCUCCAACGCCCAGCUUUCAAGCCAGCCUCAUCCAGCGCGUACUCAUCAGCACUUUUCACUUUGUCAACAGAUUCAUCCCUUGGUACAAGCUUCCCAGCUACAUCGGCGCUAUCAACCUGGACGCCCUGCGCAUCGAGCUUCGCGCCAACAACCUACACGAUGGGUACGCCUCGAGCGCUGCUCAGGGCAAUCGAAUCGACGAGCCCCUGACCGAUAAGCGAUUUUUGAAUGCGCGGAACUCAGAUGGUAAAUUCAACUCGCUUGAGUUGCCUCGGAUGGGCUGUUCGGGCAUUCGAUUCGGCCGCAACUUUUCGAGGGUACACACGCCGAAGCCGACUGACGAGGAAUUAUGGAAUCCGAACCCGCGUAUGUUGAGCGAGAAGUUCAUGGCAAGGGAAUCGGGAACAUUCAUCCCGGCUACAUCGCUGAAUUUGCUUGCGGCGGCGUGGAUUCAGUUUCAGGUCCACGAUUGGGUGAACCAUGAAAGUAGCGACGAAAUCUACGACAUACCCCUUCCUCCUGGAGACAAAUGGCCCAAUGACCACAUGACGCUGCCACACACGAAGCCAGAUAGUACGCUCCACCCAUCAGAUGUCACGUGCCCGGGAUACAAGAACACCAACACGGGAUGGUGGGAUGGUUCGCAGAUUUAUGGAUCCAGCGAAGCUGCCACGCAAGUACUGCGAACCACACACGCCGAUGGCAAGCUGCUACUCACCAAAGAGGGCAGGGAAUCAUUCUUGCCUCGCGAUGCCGCGGGAAAUGUAAUGACCGGGUUCAAUGACAACUGGUGGAUAGGUAUGGAGAUGUUACAUACACUAUUUGCGUUGGAGCAUAAUGCCAUCUGUGAUACGUUGCGCGGUUCGUAUCCAGACAUGCCUGGCGAUACAAUCUUUGACAAAGCUCGCCUCAUCAACUGCGCUCUCAUGGCUAAAAUACACACUGUGGAAUGGACUCCCGCCAUCUUAGCACAUCCCACCCUGCAAAUUGGUAUGAAUGCAAAUUGGUGGGGCCUUGUCGGCGAGAAGUUGACCAAGCUCCUGGGGCGAAUCUCCAAAACGAGCGAAGUCAUCAGCGGCAUCCCUGGCUCGGGGGUCGACCACUUCGGCGUGCCAUAUUCUCUUACAGAGGAAUUCGUGUCAGUGUAUAGAAUGCACGCCCUCGUGCCCAACGACAUUGCGUUUUUCAGCGCGGUGAACGGCGAGCACAAAUCAACCAUUCCCGUCGAGGAGACGCUAUUUACGGAGUCGCAGAAGCCGCUCGAUGAUGGAUUGUCAUUCGCAGAUACGUUUUACUCCUUUGGCAUCAACUACCCCGGCGCUAUAACAAAUUUCAAUUAUCCCAACUUCCUGCGAGACUUAACCAAGCCAGAUGGUCAACACCUGGACAUGGGCACCGUUGACCUCCUCCGAGAUCGUGAGCGUGGCGUACCACGAUACAACGAAUUUCGCCGGCUCCUUCGUAUGUCGGCGCCGAAAACAUUUGUGGAGUUAACUGGCGGGAAUACUGCACUCGCACAACAACUCUCUGAUGCUUACGACGGGAAUAUUGAGCUUGUGGACACGCUAAUCGGGUCCCAUAGCGAACCGCUAAUCAAGGGAUUCGGUUUCAGCGAGACCGCGUUCCGGAUUUUCAUUCUGAUGGCGAGUAGGCGGCUGAAGAGCGACCGCUUCAUUGCCGGGCAAUGGAAUGCAGAGACGUAUACCAAGGAGGGGUUACACUGGGUGCAGUAUAACGGGAUGAAAGAUGUGCUCGGGAGGCAUUUCCCGGAGUUGAAAGAGGUAUUGAAGGAAAGUAAGAAUGUGUUUGCGCCGUGGGAUAAAUUGCCCGAGUCGUUGAAAUAUGGCGGCGUAGAGACGAAUGCGCCGAAGGGGAAGUGAUGAAUAGGGAGAAAGCUUCUGAAUUAUUUCGUUACAAGUCUCUUCCACGGUGGCAACAAUCUAGUUGUAUAUCAUAUCAGCAUACUUAGUGGUAUAAAGCGGGCAGAGCCUGAAAUGUUGCGAAAUGUCGGCGGAGUGAACCUAGUAGCUGUUGUUUAAACGUGGC